CAUGCUCACUCUGCUUCCAGAUGAAGUUGGACAGGGGUUGGAUGUGGCGUGUGCUGCUCCUGUUGUCCCUGGCUGUGGCUGCAGUGGUGGCUCAGGAGAAGCUGUCAGACACCGAUGUUGAAGACAUUGAUGACAUAAUGGAGUUGGAUGAAGAAGUAAAUGAUCUGAUUGCAGAAGACAAUGAGGCAAGUGUGACGGAUGAGGAGGGAUCCGAAAUGACAGAUGACAAGGGAGCAGCAGAAGGGAAGGAUGCUAAAACAGAUGACGUCGUCUCUUUCCAGGUCACAUAUGUGACUCCUGUUCCCACCGGAGAAGUGUACUUUGCAGAAACAUUUGAUGAUGGGUCGCUGGAAAGGUGGAAACUGUCAAAGACGGUGAAGGGGGACGCAGACGAUGAAAUUGCCAAAUAUGAUGGGAAGUGGGCAGUGGAGCAGCUGAAAGAGAACAAGGUUCCCGGAGACCAGGGUCUGGUCCUCAAGUCCCGUGCUAAACACCAUGCCAUUUCUGCAAUGCUGCGCGAACCCUUUGUCUUCAAGGAUGAGCCUCUGGUUGUACAGUAUGAGGUGAAUUUCCAGGAUGGUAUUGACUGUGGUGGAGCAUACAUCAAACUGCUGUCAGACACUAGUGAUCUCGAUCUGGAUGAAUUCCACGACCGCACACCCUACACCAUCAUGUUUGGACCCGACAAAUGUGGCGAGGACUACAAGCUGCACUUGAUUUUCCGCCACUUGAAUCCUCUAAACAAAGACUUGGAGGAGAAGCACGCAAAGAGGGCCGACAUCGACCUAAAGAAGUUCUACACUGACAAGAAGACUCACCUCUAUACACUCGUCCUGAAUCCCGACAACAGCUACGAGAUGCUCAUCGAUCAGUCCAGCGUGAGUCGUGGAAACCUACUGCAUGACGUGGUGCCACCAGUCAACCCUCCCAAAGAGAUAGAUGACCCACAUGAUUCCAAGCCUGACGACUGGGACGAGAGGGCCAAGAUUCCCGAUCCCGAGGCUGUCAAGCCAGAUGACUGGGACGAGGAUGCUCCUGCUAAGGUUGAAGACCCUGACGCUAUGAAGCCUGAGGGAUGGCUGGAUGAUGAAGCAGAGUUCACUGCUGACCCUAAUGCUGAGAAACCAGAAGAUUGGGAUGAGGAGAUGGAUGGAGAGUGGGAGGCACCACAGAUUUCUAACCCUGCCUGUGAGACUGCACCUGGCUGUGGAGAGUGGAAACGCCCCAUGAUCAACAACCCUCAGUACAAGGGCAAGUGGAAAGCCCCACUGGUGGACAACCCCAACUAUCAGGGAGUCUGGAAACCACGUAAGAUUGAUAACCCGGACUAUUUUGAGGACUUGCAGCCGUUCAGGAUGACACCUGUCAAGGCUCUGGGCUUGGAGUUGUGGUCCAUGACCUCGGAUAUCUACUUUGACAACUUCAUUAUCACCGCUCAUAAGGAGGUGGCCGACCGCUGGGCAUCUGACAGCUGGGGGCUGAAGAAACUAGUGGCCAGUGCUAACGAGCCGGGGAUUUUUGCUCAGCUGAUGCUGGCAGCAGAGGAACGUCCAUGGCUCUGGGUCAUCUACAUACUGACAGUCGGCCUGCCUGUAGGACUGGGUGUGCUCUUCUGUUGGCCAAAGAAAUCGGAAGACGACUACGUGUACAAGAAGGUAGACGUGCCUCAGGCUGAUGUGGAAGAGGAGGAAGAAGAGGAGGAGGAAGAGGAGGCAGACGCAGCAACAGCAGCUGAGGAGGAAGACAAAGAAGCUGAGGCUGCAGAAUUAGUUGCAGCUGCAGUCAGAGAAGAGGAUGAGGAGGAGGAGGAGGAGGAGGAAGAGGACGCAAAUGUGGGAGAAGACAAUCUAGAGGGGGAUGAUGAAGACAAGGAAGAGGAGGAGGAAGAGGAGGGAGAGGGAGAAGAGGAAAGCAAAGCUCCAGAGAGAACAUUAGAGAAUGAGCUGAAAGAGGGAGACGUCGCUGAAGAGAGCCACAAACAAGCAGUGAGAAAGAGGAGGGUACGCAAAGACUGAGGAGGUGAACCCCACGCUGACUGUCUCCUUGUCUCCCCUGCAUGGGGGAGAAGGUGGAAGGGCCGUAUCUGCUGCACCUCCUCCCUCUCUGAGCGCAGCAGCAUGUAAUUCCUCCAAACCCUCCUGGUAGCCUGCAGUCAUCCUGGCUGCCCCAUCUUUGUCUUCUACUCCACCCUUCAGCUCUGUGGUCUCCCAAACCACAUCAUACACCAUCCUUCCCUCAUCUGUUCAGCUGUUUUCCCUCCUUUGCCCUGAGCUUCCACGUUUUCCUCAUCCCUUCUUUUCUCCCGCUUUAUAAGCCAUUGCUGUCAUACAAACAUCUCCCGCUUCUGUUGCUGUUCAUCCCAUCUCUGUUAUCAUAGAUCCACCAGCGUGUCUCCACCUGAGAGCAAGGACAAGGAGCAUCUACACUGUUGUCCACUCCUGUUUGUACCAUUGUACCAUUGCGGGCUUAGGCUACAUCUCAAACGUUAAGACUUAAUUCUUGUCUUGUCUUUUGUUUUCAAGAACUCGUUUGAAGACACAGGUUUGACAAAGUUCCUUCCUUGUUUGAAAAUAGUUUGGGUUUCGAGAGCAGGCCAGGAGGAGAGGAUUCCAGGCUGCAGGGAAAUGCUUUCUGACAUGUAAACUGUGUAGUGUUGGAGCAUUUCAGUGAAGUCACCUCUGCUUAAAGUGAAGUGGAUGUUCUGUUUUACAUUUUAGCUAGUUUGUCUGGAGCAUCAGUUACUUUAAUGUUUUUGUUUUUUUACUAAGUUAUAGCUAUUCCAGAAUCAAGUAUUAUCUCCAUAAAUGACAGUAUAUUUAUUGCUUCUGAUGAAGAUUGGUUUUAUUAAAGCAGUGUUUUGAGUGACUUUAGACCGUUUUUUGAUUAUGACACAUCACUAAUGAGCUUAAUUAGAAAAGAACUUAUCGUUUUGUACGCCAUCAGUUGAAAAAGGCAGAUUGAAUUCAGAGGUUCUGUAGGAAACAGCUGGAAAAUGUCUCGUACAGUCAGAAACACAGCAGUACUUUCCCACUCUCCAGACUAGUGAGCAUUAGGAUCUAGAUUGUUGCUGGGAAAGAUGCUGAUGCUAAUUUAUUUGUUUUAUAUUAUUGUUUCUUGCUUUUGUAGUUCACUCUGGCCAGGCGCUGCCGAAUGCAGAUCUUUUUCAUUUGUUUUGCAAAUUGUACAUUGCUCUUGGAAAUAAAACUAUUUAAUACAAAGAACACAAGAUGCUUUUAUGUAGUUGAUUAUAGAAGACCCAGACAUGAGUGAUCUUAGGAUUUUAUUAAAACAAAAACAUUUAAAAAGGCAAAGAUGCAGGGUGAGAUGGUAUCAGUGUGUAUAGGUGGGUAAUGUUCAGCAUGUUCUGUCAGACGUUAAUGAUUUACUACUGUACAACUGUUCAAAUAACCUCAAUAGAUUACAGCAUAUAAAUAAUUCAAAACCUCCUGUAAAUUUACCAGUUCUUCCAUUUUGCAGAGUUGCUUGAUUUUUUCAUGCGAGUAACUGCUCUCAAGACAUGAGUCUGUUCAAUACCUGACAGUUAAAAGGGAAUAAUAAAAGCAUGAUCAGAUUAUGUUACAUCUUGUUUUUAACUGAAGCAGCAGAGGACACGCCCUCCGCUCUGCGCCAUGAUCAGGACAUCAUCUCAUUUUACGGUCAGAACCAUCCUCUGUCAGGCCAGAGUGGAUCAAUAGCACUUAAAGCCUCUAGUGCUCACUUCUUCUUCGGGGCAUUUAGACCCGACUCGCCAUCCUUAUCAUGGGAGAUGGACACAAAC